GUCACUGCCGUUCUUAUUAUACCUCAGUGGUCAAUGGUUAUUUACACAUUUGACUGGUGCUAGCAAACACUGAGCUUUGGAAGCUUGUCGGCUCGGCGUUUAAUGUAUUGCAUCGGGAAAGAAACAGACAAUUUAUGCAUGGCAAUGUUGUGAGCAAACACGUAGCAUAAGUCCUAAAGAAGAGGUGUCACUAUCUCGAGUCAAGAGAACAUCUUUUGACAGCGAGCGAGGGGCAAUCUUGGCUUGGGUUCGGUACACGGGCAUGGCAGCGGCAACAGUGGUCGAGAAUGAUCCAACGGCGAGCGAAGGCGGUGCCGCAUCAUUCUCGGAGCCGGAGGUCCACAGCCCUAUCUGGAACGACUCUCAACUUCGAAAGUAUCCUUUCCAGACCAGACCGAUACCCAGACUCUCUCACACGGAUCCUAGAGCUGAGAUGCUCAUAAACAACGAGCAACCUGUGGUUUUAACAGACACCAAUCUAGUGUAUCCGGCUCUCCAGUGGGACAUCCCGUACCUGCAGGAGAACAUUGGAAAUGGGGACUUCUCUGUGUACAUCGCGGAAAACCACAAAUUCCUCUACUAUGACGAGAAGAAAAUGGCCAACUUUGAGAACUUUGUACCCAAGUCUCGACGGAUAGACAUGAAAUUCUCUGAUUUUGUGGAGAAAAUGCAUAAAACACAGGAAGAGGGAGGAGAUGAGAGGGUGUACCUGCAGCAGACACUGAAUGACACAGUGGGCAGGAAGAUCGUGGUUGACUUCCUGGGUUUCAACUGGAACUGGAUCACCAAGCAGCAGAGCAAGAGAAACUGGGGCCAGCUCACCUCCAACCUGCUGCUCAUAGGCAUGGAGGGCAACGUGACGCCAGCCCAUUACGACGAGCAGCAGAACUUCUUUGCACAAAUCAAAGGUUACAAGAGGUGCAUCCUGUUCCCUCCCGACCAGUUUGAGUGUCUCUAUCCCUUCCCUGUUCACCACCCCUGUGACAGACAGAGCCAGGUUGACUUUGAGAACCCUGACUAUGAGAGGUUUCCCAACUUCAAGAAUGUGUCGGGCUAUGAGACUGUGGUGGGCCCGGGAGAUGUUCUCUACAUCCCCAUGUACUGGUGGCACCACAUUGAGUCCCUGUUGAGUGGUGGAGUGACCAUCACUGUCAACUUCUGGUACAAGGGUGCGCCCACGCCCAAGAGGAUCGAGUACCCACUGAGAGCUCAUCAGAAGGUGGCCAUCAUGAGAAACAUAGAGAAGAUGCUGGGGGAGGCACUGGGAGACCCACAAGAGGUUGGCCCUUUAUUGAACAUGAUGAUUAAAGGCCGAUAUGACCAGGGAUUCAGCUAGAGCUACUGCCUCAGAACUGUCUGUGUGUGUAUUGGUGUGAGUGAGUGUGCCCAGGCCUGAUUGUGUGUUUGUAGGUGACCAUGUGUGUGCAGACACGUGUUGGUGCAUUCGGACUGUUAAGCUAGCAGUGACUUGGCCAAUCAGCCAUUUUGACUGUUUUGAUUGUCUGGGAGCCAUAAUCAUCACAACUUCAGCUACCAGUGGGAAGACAAUAGUGGACAACGGACCAGCCAUGGAGACCCACAUGCAGUGUGCUGUCAGAGAGGGAUGAACUGUGUAAACUACACAAUGUAGAGUUGUGGUAUUUUAGAGGGAGUGGAGUGAUAGGCAACUGCUGUAGAUGUCAAAGAAUAAACCCCCAAACACCCUCAAAGUGAAAGUUGCCCAUAAUUAACCAUUGAUGCAGGGUCAGAUAUUGGACAUUUUAUCAUCACACCCAAUUGGAUUGGGAAAAUCUGAUCCUAGAUCUGUAGUUGGGGGCAAUUUCUACCUUGAACACUGAACAGGUGUGUGUGUUGGGUGGUUGUUAGUCAUAACCAACAAGAUACUCCCUUCGUCUAUUUAACCGUUCCCCUGUCAUUACAGUUUGUAACCAUAGCAACACACCUGCAGCUUGAAUAUGAAAUAGGGAAUAGCUGUGUAGUAACUAAAGUAGGCCUACUUAUUUUGUGACAAACUUCUCAAUGAAUUUGCGACACAUUUACACCCCGAAAGAGAUGAGUCAUAUUCUUGUUCUGUUGACUAGGUCAGGAAGCUGAUGUUUGUUUCUGUAUAAUUGCUGAACGUUUGUGUGUUAUAGCCGACAUACUUUUUCUUUGAUGGUGAGUUUUUGUCUACAUUCAGGCAUAACUGAGUUUCUGUUGGUGUGUUAUUUUGUUGUUGUUGUAAAUCUGUUAUGAUACAUGGUACAGUUAAGUUAAUGAGGAUGGGCUUAAAAGUAUUUCAACUCAUUUCAAUUGCAGCUGGACAGUAAAAUAAGAAUAUAUUACAUGCUUCCAGUGGAAUGAUUGAAGAUAUCUCACCAGUUUUCCUACUCAAAUGCAUCCUAAAACAAGUUUCCCAAACUCAGUCCUGGGGCCCCCCUGGGUACAGGUUGUGGUUUUUGCCCUAGCUCUACACAGCUGAUUCAAAUAAUCAAAGCUUGAGGAAGAGUUGGUUAUUUGAAUCAGCUGUGUUGUGCUAGGACAAAAAACUAAACGUUCACCCAGGUGAAUGCACCAAUUUGUAAGUCGCUCUGGAUAAGAGCGUCUGCUAAAUGACUUAAAUGUAAAUGUAAUGUAAAUGCCUGAGUUUGGGAAAUGCUGUCCUAAAAAACAGUCAUGUUUUGCUCCGGUAACAGUCACACAAUACGCUAACCCUAUAUUCAUUUAAAUUCAAUAUCAUUUCAAAUAUAUUCUACUUGUAGUUAUUACAACAGUAUUUCUUAGUACUUGUAUCAAGAAUGUACCUAGUGGAUGGUUUUCAUGCGUGUGUGCCUCUCUAAUCUCACUCUUCCCCUACUGUUGCUGUUUUUUCUCAAUUCUUUUCGGAAGGAUGUCAAAGUGUGUGUAGAGUUCAGUUGAAUUCCGGUUGUUAUUGUGCCAUUGUCAAGUGUUUCUAGUGAAGACUUCACUUCAACAGGUGCAGUUUAGAGCACAGGACUUAUUUAAAGCACAUAUUGUCUGUCCUAGUGCUGUGUGCCAAACCAGGUGUGUCCUUACAGGGUUGUGGCUCAUUUCAAUUUGGUCAAUUCAGGAAGACAACAACUGUAAUUUAAAUUUUCCUCUAUGAUUUUCUGUGAGGAAAAUGUGGAGUUGGAAUUUUAGUUUACUUUCUUAAUGUAAACGAUGUUCAGAAAGUUGUAUGUACGGAGGCCCUGGUGUGACAUUGGUUUGACUUAAUUUUAAGCUGCAUCAUAUUAAUUUGUUAUUAAAACUAAUAGCCUAGUUAAACCAGACUGACCACGGCUGUGUGAAUGAUGAACACAGCAUUCCGUCUGAUUUAACUACUAGGCUAAUAUACUAAUGCUGCAUGUUCAAUUCCUACACCUUCAGUGACUGACAAAAUAUUUCUAGGGGAGUUUCUAUGUUCUAGCCAUGUGUAUUAUAAUCAUUAGCAUUUUUCCAACAGCAUGUACUGUACUCCUCUGGCUUUCCAAAAACAAAUAUGGAAUCCAUCAACCGGAAUGUUCAUAUCUUAUUGUUUAUAUUUAGGCUAAUAUUCUAAGAAUGUUAAAGUCCAUCAAGUGGAAUGUUCAUAUCAUAUUGUUUAUAUUUAGGCUAAUAUUCUAAGAAUGUUAAUGUCAAGGGAGUGUAUGCUUGAUUGUUGAUAGUAUAUCAAUAUUGUUGAUGAAUAGACUAGUUCUUCGAUUAAUUAUUAUUUGAUAGUUAAGUCUGAGGUUAAAUUGCUCUCUUCUGUGUAUUUGUUUCUCCUACCUGUGUGCCUAGCUUGGUUAUGACAUGGCUCAAGAAACAGCCAGAACAAUUAUAUUUUUAUUUAAUUUUUGCAUUAUGUAGCUUUAAAUGCAAAACCUGAACAUGGUUAAAUAAACUCUUUGCUGUGUUUUUUAAAAUUUUACAAAUACAAAACAGUUUUCUGGGUUCCUGCACUUGUAUGAUUUGAGUUUGUCUGCUCUAUGUAAUUUGCACUGAUUUCAAAAUGACUGCUGAACAAGGAGUUCUAUUGUUGUGCUAGUGGCUUUGUAAUAAAAUCUUAAACUUUUUGAUCAA